CUCUCUCUCUCUCUCUCUCUCUAUCUCUUUGCAUAUUUGCCUAACUUCAAUUACUUCUCUAUAUAUACUGUGGUAGGAACACUAUGUGAAAGACCACAUUGAGUAACAGAGAAAACAUAUAUUUUGAAACUUGAGAGCUACGAAAAUUGAUCAUCAAUGGAGGAUUUGCCACCUGGAUUCAGAUUCUACCCGACGGAGGAAGAAUUGGUUUCUUUCUAUCUGCAUAGCAAGCUAGAAGGAACGAGAGAAGAUUUAAACCAGGUUAUGGACAGGGUUAUACCUGUCUUAGAUAUUUACGACUAUAAUCCUUGGGAUCUCCCACUCUUAUCGGGAGAACUAUGCCGAGGAGACCCUGAACAGUGCUUCUUUUUCAUCGAGAGACAAGAGAGUGAAGCGCGUGGAGGAAGACCCAAUAGACUCACAAGUACUGGGUAUUGGAAAGCAACUGGUUCACCCAAUAACAUCUACUCUUCCGACAACCGCAUCAUCGGAGUUAAGAGAACCAUGGUUUUCUACAUCGGUCGAGCCCCCAGUGGAAGGAAGACCGAAUGGAAAAUGAAUGAAUACAAAGCCACUGAAGGAGAAGCAUAUUCCUCAUCCGUAACUACCAGUGCAACUACUCUUCCUCCGCUAAGGCAUGAAUUGAGUGUAUGCCGAGUUUACAAGAAAUCGAAAUGCUUGAGAGCAUUUGAUAGACGACCUCAGAUGAAGGAAGUAAGAUACCCUACAACCCAGCAAGUCCAUAGUGACGAGGAUCAAGUAAGUAUAGUUAGUGGGAAUCCAGCUCCUGUGGGAGAAAAAAGAAUUUCAAGCUCAUCAGAGAGCUCAUCCUCAGGAGAACAUGGACAACUGCUUCAAACUGAGGGGGUUUUGCCUAUGAGUGUUGAUAAUGAGGCUUUGUGGUAUUGGGAUGAUCAGCUCAAUUGGUUCUAAUUAAGCAGAAGAACUUCCAACAGGAGGUUUUUUUUUUUUUUUUUUGGGAUGAUCGAAGACUUGGUAUGCCUCCCAAGAAUUUCAAUAUGUAUGUAGGCCACUAAAUGACCUGUUCAAUAAUUAACUAAGUGUAAGUUCUAAUUUACCAUGAAUUUCAAGAAAACAGACGAACUCUUUGUUUGUCA